AUGACUUCUCAAUCAUCAGAAGAGGAUUUCUCCUGUCCUGUCUGCCAUGAAGUCUUUAAGGAUCCUGUUGUCCUGUCAUGUGGUCACAGUGUGUGUAAAGUCUGUCUGCAGGAAUUCUGGGAAAAGAAGGGAACUCAGGAGUGUCCAGUUUGCAGGAGAAGAUCAUCAAAACCUGAACCUCCUCUUAACUUUGAGUUAAAGAACCUGUGUGAGGCUUUUUUACAGGGAAAAAUUCAGUCAAGUUCAUCAGGGUCUGAGGAGCUCUGCAGUCUGCACAGUGAGAAACUCAAACUCUUCUGUCUGGAGGAUAAACAGCCUGUGUGUGUGGUGUGUCGGGAUUCAAAAAAACACACAAACCACAAAUUUCGUCCAAUAGACGAAGCUGCUCAUGAUAGCAGGGAAGAACUGAAGACUACACUGAAACCCUUACAGGAGAAACUGGAGAUCUUUAAAAAAGUCAAACUGACCUGUGAUAAAACAGCAGAACACAUAGAGACUCAGGCCAAAAACACUGAGAGGCAAAUCAAGCAGGAGUUUGAGAAACUUCAUCAGUUUUUACGAGAUGAGGAGACAGUCAGGAUAAUUGCACUGAGAGAGGAAGAGGAGCAGAAGAGUCAGAUGAUGAAGGAGAAGAUUGAGGAGAUGAGUAGAGAGAUUUCCUCUCUCUCAGACACAAUCAGAGUCAUAGAAGAGGAGAUCAAAGCUAAAGACAUCACAUUUCUGAAACAGGAGCGGACCUGUUACAACAUGGCUUCUCAGAUAUCAGAAGAGGAUCUCUCCUGUCCUGUGUGCCAUGAAGUCUUUAAGGAUCCUCUUGUCCUGUCAUGUGGUCACAGUGUCUGUAAAGUCUGUCUGCAGGAAUUCUGGGAAAAGAAGGGAACUCAGGAGUGUCCAGUUUGCAGGAGAAGAUCAUCAAAAUCUGAACUUCCUCUUAACUUUGAGUUAAAGAACCUGUGUGAGGCUUUUUUACAGGGAAAAAUUCAGACAACUUCAUCAGGAUCUGAGGAGUUCUGCAGUCUGCACAGUGAGAAACUCAAACUCUUCUGUCUGGAGGAUAAACAGACUGUGUGUGUGGUGUGUCGGGAUUCAAAAAAACACACAAACCACAAAUGCUGUCCAAUAGACGAAGCUGCUCAUGAUAACAGGGAGGAACUGAAGACUACACUGAAGCCCUUACAGGAGAAACUGGAGAUCUUUAAAAAAGUCAAACUGACCUGUGAUGAAACAGCAGAGCACAUAAAGACUCAGGCCAAAAACACUGAGAGGCAAAUCAAGGAGGAGUUUGAGAAACUUCAUCAGUUUUUACGAGAUGAAGAGACAGUCAGGAUAACUGCACUGAGAGAGGAAGAGGAGCAGAAGAGUCAGAUGAUGAAGGAGAAGAUUGAGAAAGUGACCAGAGAGAUUUCCUCUCUCUCAGACACAAUCAGAACCAUUGAAGAGGAGAUCAAAGCUAAAGACAUCACAUUUCUGAAAGUAAGAACACCUAUAGCCCAGUGCACACUGCAGGAUCCACAGAUGCUUUCAGGAGCACUGAUCAAUGUGGCAAAACACCUGGGCAACCUGAAGUUCAGAGUGUGGGAGAAGAUGCAGGACAUUGUUCAAUACACUCCUGUGAUUCUGGACCCCAACACUGCAGCACCAUGGCUCAUCCUGUCUGAGGAUCUGACCAGUGUGAGAUACAAUAAUAAGAAACAGCAGAUUCCUGAUAAUCCAGAGAGAUUUGAUACAUAUGCAUGUGUGUUGGGCUCUGAGGGCAUUAACUCAGGGACACACUGCUGGGAUGUUGAUGUUGGGGACAGUACAUACUGGGACGUGGGUGUGACCACAGAGUCAAAGCAGAGGAAGGGAAAGACGUUCUUUAACGCUGGUGUCUGGGGUGUUGGGUUAUAUGAUCGUAAAUACAGGUCACGGGCCUCAGGAAGGUCAUUUGUUCGACUGACAGUGAAUAAAAAACUCCAGAGGAUCAGAGUGGAACUGGACUGGGACAGAGAAAAACUCUCAUUCUCUGAUCCUCUAAAUAACACACACCUACACACCUUCACACACACUUUUACUGAGAGAAUGUUUCCGUUCCUCUGUUAUAACUGUAAACUCUCUCCUCUGAGGGUCUUACCAGUGAAGUGUUGUGUAACAGCAGGACAGCGCAAUUAG